UUCCUCAACAGUGUCUUGAUGUCAUAUUAAUGUGAUAUGUCCUCUUGUUUUAGUUAGCUCAAGGCUCUCUUGCAUGGACAUUCUAACUCUGCACAUGCUUUGGGUUGCAUGGCUGCUGUUAAAUCAAUCCAAUGGUUUAAAGAUCCUUGUUCCAAUAUGUUGUUCCUGUUCAUGCGGAAGUUGCCCAGAGGAAAAAGAGAAAUUGGUCAGAACUUGAGGAACCACACUUCGAUGAAUAUCUUAGUUUCAAUAUUCUAUUAUUUAAACCUGGUGUUUUGAUGGCUUUUACCAAGUUAUUAGUGUGUGUUUCUGUUCUAUCAUAGGUGAGGGUGGUCUUAUGGAUGUGGAUCAUGAGGACAUUAUGCUUAUUAUGCCUCCACUUUUUGCUCUGAAGCAUAUGCCAGAAAAUUUAGUGUAAAUAACCUCACUACUAUACAAGUAAAUAACAGGUGUUGCAGGAGAGAGCUGUGAGCACAUCACGGCAUGGACGAGCUACAUUCUCUGCCUAACUUUUUCAGAUAGCAUUCGGCGGAAUUUGAUGGAGUUUCUGCAGCACAAGAAUCAAAGGAGAUAGUGGCGAGAAGCGACGCGCACGCGUGCCUGACGCCUGCGCGUGAUCUGGAAGUAUCCACGGCGACGCGUACACAUGACCAAGGCGUCCGCGUGACUUGCGAAGAAGACCAGCAACGCGUACGCGUCAUGCGCCACGUGCAGAAAAACACUGGGGACAAUUUUUGGGCUGUUUUGACCUAAUUUCCAGCCCAGAAAAUACAGAUUAGAAGCUGCAGAAUGGACAAAACAAGUGGUUCCCACCCAUCAGCUGAAGACUUGUUAAUUAAUUCAAAUUUAAAUUCAAAUCUUAUUUUUAGGAAAAGAUAUUUUUUUAAUUUUUAGUUUUAGAUCUUAGAUUUUAAAUUAAUUAGGAUUAGUUAUAAAAAGGGGGUUCCAUUAGGAGUUUCCAUUAAGGGGGACCAGAAUCCUAGUUUUCUUCUCUGAACCAUGAGCAACUAAUCCUUCAUUGUUAAGGUUAGGAGCUCUGUCUAUUUGUAUGGAUUGAUUCGUUUGAUCUUUCUAAUUUAAUCCAUGUUUUGAUUUAUAUCUCAAUAAUUGUUUUCGUUCUUUAUUUUAUGAAUUUGGGUGAAACGAAAGUAUGACCCAUGUUCUAAUUGAGUUCUUGUAAAACUUGGAAAAGCUCUUUACUUAAACAACAGCUUGAAAACAUAUUAUCCUGAAUUUUUAAUUAUUUGUAUUUAACGGGAUACGUGACAUAUAAUCCCCUUAUUUUUGGAUAAUUAGGAUUCUUGUGGCAUAUAAACUGGAAUUUGAUCAUCACCUUCUAAUUGGAAUUAAUUGACCAAGGAAUUGGCAGUUAAUGAAUUUUAGAGGAGACUAGGAAGGUCUAAGGAAUUAGGGUCUAGCCACAUAUAGUUUGCCAUAAAUUAAAUUCUACAUGAUUAAAAUAGUUAGUAAAAAAAGUUAAUCUGGAAAAAUAGAUAACUCUGAAGCCUUAACAGUUUUCUCCAUAUUUUAUUCCCAACUUAUUUAUUUGUCUAUCCUUUUUAUAUUCUGAGUUUGAAUUUAAACCUUUUGAAUAUCUCAAAACCCUUUUCUGCUUGCCUAACUAAGCCAAUCAAUCAAUCAUUGUUGCUUGAUCCAUCAAUCCUCGUGGGAUCGACCCUUACUCACGUAAGGUAUUACUUGGUACGACCCGGUGCACUUGCCGGUUUGUUGUGGGUUGUAAAAUACUGCACCAAGUUUUUGGCGCCGUUACCGGGGAUUGACUGUGAUUAACAACUAUCAGUUGUUUGAUUGCUUAGAUUAGGCGUUUUAUUUUAAAUUUUAUUAAAAUCUAUUUUUAAAAAAAUUGUUUUGUCUUCUUUGCUUUUCUGUUUACCACAUGGUGCGUUUAAUUCUUUUUGGUGUUUUGUGCUAACGAAAAAUAAUGGAGAGAGAUCACAUGGGUUACUACUCACACCCGAGUAGUGAUUCAUAUUAUGGUGGAUGGAGGAACUACCCAAAUUUUGGUUGGCAAAGUCAAAACCAAAGAAACUUCAAUGCUCCAUGUUCCAUCUACCAAGAACUAUCAUCUUUCUACCCAUAUCAAGAGCCACCAUCAGAUAUUGAAGCUCCUCAGAAGAAGGGUGUUAUGGAAGUAGAAACUCUUAAUGUUAUUCUUGCUCAGAAUAAGCUUAUGUCUCAGCAAUUAAAUCUACUUACUCAACAAAUAGGUAGCAUGCAAGUUUCAGCUAUCAACACCCAAAAUCCUCUUCACGAGGUCAAUUACAUGGGGAGUGCUCCUAGAAAUCCCAAUAAUGAUCCCUAUUCUAAGACCUACAAUCAGAGAUGGAGAAAUCACCCAAAUUUUGGAUGGAGAGAGCAACCUCAGAGGCCACAAAAUUUUAAUCAUAGUUCUCAGGGUGGCUUUCAACAGAAUAAUUUUAACAACCCCCAGUUUCAGUCAUCUCAACAAGCAACUUCUCAGCCCCAACAGAAUGAUGAUUUGGAAGAAAUCUUGGCAAGUUUUAGACAGGAAACCAGAGCAUCAAUCAAUAACUUGGAGAUUUAGAUGGGUCAAUUAGCCACAAAAGUUAAUGAAAUUGAUCAGAGCACUACUAAUAGCCUUCCUGGUAACGCAAUUCCAAACCCAAGAGAGGAAGGCAAGGCUAUCACCUUGAUAAGUGGACAAGUGACAAGUAUGGAAGCACAAGUUAAUGAGGAGCCAGUUGAAAAAGAUUGCAAGGUUAUUCAACUGAGAAGUGGUAAAGUAGCUGGCUCUGAGAUCAAGGUCAAUGAAGAGUUAGUUGAAAAAGAAAGCUACCAAGAGGAAGAUAUUGAAAUAAAGGAAGCUUGCAAAGAGGUGGAAGAAUUCAAAGAAGAACACAAGGGAGUGGAGCUUGCAAGACCGCCAUCACCAUCCAAUACAACAUUCAAGUGGGUAAAAUUUCUAUCCUUAAUCCUUACUUUCCCACUUGAAUAUGGGCUACUAGAGACGGAUGGUCAACUUAGAGCUCUUUGUGGCAUUAAGAGUAAGAGGAAGAGGGUUAGUGGCAAGAGAUGUCAAGCAAGGUUCAAUAUGGUUGCAUGCUCCAAAUUGAAGGGCAAGGAUUGGUGUAGAGCUCACUUGAAUGGGUCUAGAAGGUUGUUUAGAUGUCUCUGUGAGGAUUCAGAUUGCUUGCCACCCGGUGGGAACAAUGGUGAUCCACAAGAAGACAGAUGUAAAAGCAAGGUUUGGGACCCUGGAAUUCAUUGUCACAAUCAACACUCUUGGGGCCUUGUCACUUGCUUCAACUUGCUCGAAGGCGUUAGGCGCCUAGUUUGGGAUCCCGAUAGCCAUUGGAAUUACAAACAUUGGUGGAGAUUCCUGGAUCAGUACAAGCACAAGCCACCAUGACAAGGACCUCACCACAUGUCCAACUUAAGGACUUUAACUAAAAGUGCUUGGUGGGAGACAACCCACCGUGGUAUGAUCAUUCCUUUUCAUUCUUAGUUAUUUUUUCGUAGUAGUAGUUUUCUCACUUAUUUGAUUUUUGUCAAGUUCUUACUAAUUUUUUGAUCAUGCAGCUAUUUUAGAACAGGAACCGGAUAUAAAAAAAAAAAGAAGAAAGAGCACACGACGCGCAAGGGUCGUUGAUGCGUACACGUCAGAUGGAUGUGUGUGAAAAAUAAAUUUGACAGAGAGUUGCGCAGGAGUGGCGCCAGAAUGGAGCCUUUCGCACAAACGAUCCCACGCAUUCGCGUCGUUUGUGAUUUUCGCCAUUCACGCGGGCGCGUCACCGACGCGAACGCGUGACCUGCAAAUUCGACGUAAAAGAGUAUUUGGGCAGAGAGUUGUGCUAGCUUGGGGCAAGAAGUAUGCUAAAAGCACAAAAUUGGUCAUGCGGACGCGUGACUGACGCGUUCGCGUAAGUUGCACAUAUGGCCAUCCACGCGAGCGCAUGUAUGACGCGAACGCGUCGUAUGAAAAAUUGGCUCCCAAGCCAUGCGAACAGAAAGUCGCGUGGGCGCGCGGCUGGCUUUGCGCGAAUUGCACAAAUUCAAAGCACGCGGACGCGUACCUGACGCUAAUACGUCAUUAUGAAGAAUGCGCGACAUAAGCGAUCGCGUGCCGUACGCGAACGCGUCGCUUACGCCACUCAAUUUUCUUUCUCUCUCUCUCCCAAUCCUUAUUCUCUCUUAUUCUUUUAUCCUCUUCUUUUUCUUUCUUCAUAAUAAUUUACCUCUUUCUGUUUUCAGUUCUUCUUUGCUUGAGGACAAGCAAAACUUUAAGUUUGGUGUUGACACUUCGCUUAGAAGUUUUCCAUUUAUUCCUAUGGCACCAAAAGGGAGGCGAAUCAUCUCUGAGGAGCACAACCUGAAGAUUAAAGCGACCGCUAGGAUAACUAAGGUGGUUGAGUUCCUUUCACUUUUUAUUCCUCCCUCUUUUUCUAUGUUAUGUUCCGGCUUUCUGCUAUUUUACUUUGUUUGUUGCAUGAUCCUUUAUUAGUUAGAAUCUUAGGACUAGUUUAAUUUUCUUUUUUUAUGCUGAAAAGAUGUUUCAUGUACCACUCACUGAACUUGAAUCCAAAAAGAAAAGAAAAAGAA